AUGGAUUUGAUGGAUGUAGACGGGGGCCGUGGCUGUGGAGGAAAAAACUGCGGCCUUACGUCCGGCUUCCCGGAGGACUGCUCCAACCAAGAGUGCCAGUGGGAGGAACCUAUGUUUGGACUGAUUGAAUUAGUGUGCGUGACUGUGAUUUACACCCCCCUGAUGUUAUUUGGCCUCCUGGGAAAUAUACUAACAAUUUUGGUGGUUUGGCUGCGUCCACACAUGAGAACCUCCACCUACCUCUACCUGAGCAGCAUGGCUGUUAGUGAUCUGCUGAUACUCCUGCUGCUGCCUCUGGAUUUAUAUAAGCUCUGGAGGCCCCGGCCCUGGCCCCUGGGAGACCUCGCCUGUAAGCUGACUAUGUUCCUCUCAGAGUGCUGCACUUUCUGCACCAUCCUCCACAUCACCUUCCUCUCCCUGGAGAGGUACCUGGCAGUCUGCUGGCCAAUCACAGCCAAGACAGUAGUGACACGGCGCAGAACCCGGGCCAUCAUAGGCUGCCUCUGGCUGAGUGCGGCUGUGAGUGCCGCACCAGUGCUGAUCAUGGUUGGAGUGGAGGACGUGGGACGAGAAGACCUCGGGCUCAUCCAAUGGAAAGAAGACGGGGGGUGGACAGGCAGGGAAGGAGAUCAGGGAGGGUUUACGAUGGGUGGAGGAGAGAAAGAAAGCAGACACGUGGAUGGAGGUCUAGAGGGAAUAAAGUGGGGUGAAAAAGAGACAAAGAGUUGGGAGGAACGAGUUGGUGAACUGAAAUGGAUCGGAGAAAAAGUGGAGACCGGAACAGCAGAAGUAGAUAACAGGCCACCGGAAGACAAAGGUGAAAGGAAACAUGAAAAACAUACAGUUGAACGUGGAAGGGAGGGAGACGGAAAGAUGGGAUUUGAGGGAGAGCAGCAAAACAAAAAGGAAGACGAGGGAGGAGGAAGCUCCGAUGAAGGCCGCGGGGGAGAGACUGACAAGAGAGAGUGCCGCUGUACACAUUUUGCCAUCUCCUCUGGCCUGUUGUCAGCCAUGAUGAUUCUCUCCAAUUUGUAUUUCCUGGUACCGCUCUGCAUUCUGGGAGUGGUAUAUAGUCUGAUUGGGCGCACGCUGUGGCUCCGCCCAAAAAGCAGCCGUAGAGACCAGAGUCACAGGAACACUGUCAAAAUGCUGGGAGUGAUCGUCUUGGCGUUCGUCUUGUGUUGGCUGCCGUUCCAUGUUGGUCGAACCAUCUUUUCUCUUUCUCUGGGCACUGGGACUGAGAGACAGGAAACUUACCUGGACACUAACUCCCAGUCAGACACUAUCACGCAUCCGGAUGUAGAUCCAAAGACAGCCAACAUCUUCUGA